UAAAUUUGCAUGAUUCCCCUACUACUUGUGCCACUCUGUUUGUGAUUUCGAUAUUAGUCUAUCUCACCUCGAGUUUGAGUCUAGGUUGAAAUAAUAAUACACAAAGUAAGAGACUUUUACACAAAAACUUUCACAUAAUUGACUUUAUACUUUGAACAUCUUUUACAUUAUGUGUUUGUACUAGUGAUGUAUUACCUCAAUUUUACUUAUGUAUAGCGUUUAUAAGAUGGCUGAUGGAGAAGAUAUUCAACCACUUGUAGUUGACAAUGGAACUGGAAUGGUCAAGGCUGGUUUUGCUGGGGAUGAUGCUCCAAGAGCUGUUUUUCCAAGUAUAGUUGGUCGUCCUCGUUACACAGGUGUCAUGGUUGGAAUGGGACAAAAAGAUGCCUAUGUUGGUGAUGAAGCUCAGUCCAAAAGAGGUAUUUUGACUCUAAAGUAUCCGAUUCGACAUGGUAUAGUAGACAACUGGGAUGAUAUGGAGAAAAUCUGGCAUCACACUUUUUACAAUGAGCUCCGAGUUGCUCCUGAGGAGCAUUCCAUUCUUUUGACUGAGGCACCACUUAACCCUAAGGCGAACCGAGAGAAAAUGACUCAAAUCAUGUUUGAGACAUUCAAUGUGCCAGCCAUGUACAUUGCAAUCCAGGCUGUUCUAUCUCUUUAUGCUAGUGGUCGUACAACUGGUAUUGUGCUUGAUUCUGGUGAUGGUGUGAGCCACACUGUCCCUAUCUAUGAGGGAUAUGCACUUCCCCAUGCUAUCUUGCGGUUAGAUCUUGCUGGUCGUGAUCUUACAGAUUACCUCAUGAUGAUUCUCACAGAGAGAGGUUAUUCAUUCACCACUGCUGCUGAACGGGAGAUUGUUCGUGAUGUGAAGGAGAAGCUUGCGUAUGUCGCACUGGAUUAUGAACAGGAGCUCGAGACUACAAAGAACGGUAAGGAUGUUGAGAAGAGUUACGAACUUCCAGAUGGGCAAAUAGUCACUAUUGGUGCUGAGAGGUUCCGUUGCCCUGAAGUCCUAUUCCAGCCAUCAUUGAUUGGAAUGGAAGCAGUCGGAAUUCAUGAAACAACAUAUAGCUCAAUCAUGAAGUGUGAUGUGGAUAUUAGAAGAGAUUUAUAUGGAAACGUUGUGCUUAGUGGUGGCUCAACUAUGUUCCCUGGCAUAACGGAUCGUAUGAGCAAGGAAAUCACUGCUCUUGCUCCAAGCAGCAUGAAAAUCAAAGUCGUUGCACCACCUGAAAGGAAGUACAGCGUCUGGAUUGGAGGAUCAAUUCUAGCUUCCCUCAGUACUUUCCAACAAAUGUGGAUAACGAAGGCCGAGUAUGAUGAAUCUGGUCCAGCAAUUGUCCAUAGGAAGUGCUUCUAAGAGUGGUUUUGUUAACUUUAGUUUAUUUAUCAAAUGAAUUCUAUAUGUCAAAGAGUUCUUGCGUUUUGUGUAAUUUUAAUUCGUUUGGUAACACUUUUUAUGUUAUUGAUUCUUGUUCAGGUCA